UUCCGUAAGAAACUCCGCUGUGACAAGGCCUCGUUCUUGCUAAUCUACCGUGCCAUCUACGCAGCAUGCCCCGAAAAGGCUGCGGCCAACGCCAAGCCCAAGCUCAUCAAGCGUGUCGCCCUCGUCAUGUACUAUCUCGCUCAGGGGGUCAGAUGGACCAAGCGGGGAUACCGUUAG